AUGAGUUCAAGAGCCUUAAGGAAGUUACAAAAUGAUGAAGGCCUACUCGCUUCGAUUCUAGAGUCUAAGGAAGCAACUGUUGAACGUAAAAAAGAAACCAAGACACCACAAAAGGUGAACAUGUUUGCAUUAAUGAAUAAUGAAGAUUCCGGUUCUGAUUCAGAACAUGACAGCUCAGAGAAUUCUGAUAUACCUGUUGUCAAGACACCUGCUUUAUUAACUAAAUCUCAAAAGAAGAGACAAAAGAAAAAGAAUAAACAAAAACAAAAACAGAUGACAAGAGAGAGUAGCGAUAGCGAAGUAGAACAUAACAGUGAAGAUGAUAGAGAAUUGGAUGUGUUAUUACAAGAGUAUAGAAAGAAAGAUAUUAAGAAACAGAAUGAACGUCAAAGAAAAAAUGAAGAUGUUAAUAGUGAUGAAGAUUACAUAACUGCUUCAGAUAAUGAUGAAGAAAAUGAUCUUUACAAAAUUGACAAUGAAAAACGUAUUACAGGUGAUCUAAUGAAUGAUUGUACUUUUGAGAAAUUCCCAGUGAAAUAUCUUAAACAUGCUACUAGAUUCUUUAAUCAAGAUAUUAAAAAAUUAGAUCCUCAUUCAGAAUUCAAAUUACUAUUUGAUGAUAUAUCCCCAGAGUCUCUCGAAGAUAUAGACUCUGUCACAUCUACUUCGAUAUCACCCCAACAAUUGAAACAAAUUCAAAGAAUGAAACGUCUUGUAAGAAAUUGGGGUGGUAAAAAUCAUAGAACCGUACCCAAUGGACCAGGUGGGAGUACACAUACACUGAAAUUUACCAAAGUAAGAGAAGACUGGAUCCCAACACCAAGGGGGGAAUUGGGAAUGAAAUUAUUAAAUACGGAAGAUUUAAUAGAUUGGCAAUUAUGGCAGAGACCUACAGACUGGAAGGAUGUAAUAGAAGAAGAUUUGAAGAAAUGGAAAAAAUCAGUGUCGUUUUACCGAUUUGAACCCUUGGAUACUGAUCUUAGUAGGAAAGCAAUGACUGAAUUUUACUUAAGUGUACUUGUACAUCCAGAUCAUGAAGCAUUGAUUAAUCUAAUUUCAUCGAAAUUCCCAUAUCAUAUACCCUCCUUAUUACAAGUGGCACUAAUAACAAUUAGACAGGGUGAUAGGUCUAACACUAAUGGGUUAUUACAAAGAGCAUUGUUUGUGUUCGAUCGUGCAUUAAAGGCUAGCAUAAAUUUUGACGCAUUAUCUUGUAAUCUCCCAUAUAUCUAUUUCUUCAACAGACAGUUUUACCUUGCAAUCUUUAGGUACAUCUUGGCUCUGGCACAAAAAGGUGCUAUAACGACGGCAGCUGAAUGGUGUAAAGUUUUAUGGUCAUUAAGCCCAGCUGAAGAUCCACUGGGAUGUAGAUAUUUCAUGGACCACUAUUUGCUGCUGAACAACGAUUACCAAUAUAUUAUAGAUGUGUCUAAAUCCCCACUGAUGAAUAGUUAUAGACAGUGGUACACACUUGGUAUUUCUUUAGCUACAGUUUACAGUUACCUUAAGAUCGAUGAUAAUGAACAAGCAAAGAGAGAAUUAAAAAAAUGUUUCUAUUACCAUGGACCAGCUCUUGCAACGCUAUUAGUCGAGAAAUUGGUCGGAGACUCUGCAUUCUCUGAUAUAUUUGAUAUUAAUGUUUAUUCUAGUGAAUUAUUGGAGGUAAAAGCAUAUAUGGCUAGAUUUUCUGCAAUUUGGAAAGACCCUAGCGAUAUUAAUUUCUUACAUCAAGAAAUUUUUAAUAUUUUAAAUAAAUAUAAGGAGGAUAAAUCUCUUUUAGACCCAAGACUUCUUGUUGAAACAGAAGAAGAAGAACAAGAAAAUCCUUUUUUCAUUAAUGGAAUUCCAAUUAAUCUACUUAGAUUUGCUAUCUUAUCUGAAGAAUCAUCAAUUAUGGCAGGUAUUCCUCCAUAUAUUUGGUCUGAAUAUGAAGUAUACGAAUUUGAUGUACUACCCCCUCAACCAACCUCGAAGGAGUCUUUGGAUGUUUUAGAAAAUGUCAAAAGUUUUAUUAACGAUAAAGAUCUUGCAGUAUCUCAAGCUGCAAUGCUACAAGAUGAGCAUAUGAUGAAUCAAAUUAGACAACUAUCCUUACAACAGUACAUUCAACAGAACGAUACAGAAGUUAAUGAAUAA